CGCCAAAUAACGUCUGGAAGGCUGUGGUCCAAGGCCAUUUUUGCUGGCUAUAAGCGGGGUCUCCGGAACCAGAGGGAGCACACAGCUCUUCUUAAAAUCGAAGGUGUUUAUGCUCGAGAUGAAACAGAAUUCUACCUAGGCAAGAGAUGUGCUUAUGUGUACAAAGCAAAGAACAACACAGUGACUCCUGGUGGCAAACCAAACAAAACCAGAGUAAUCUGGGGAAAAGUAACUCGUGCUCAUGGAAACAGUGGCAUGGUUCAUGCCGAAUUCCAAAGCAACCUUCCUGCUAAAGCCAUUGGCCACAGAAUCCGUGUGAUGCUGUACCCCUCAAGGAUUUAAUGAAGAGUAAAUAAAGGUGUAGAUUUGUUCUCUUGAAAAAAAAAAGAGGUGUUAGUGGGCCCCCACAGAUAUGUGAGGCCUCCCCGAUUCAUGGAGGCGCUAUGGGCCUGGGAGGCAGAAGUCCUGGGUUCUAACUCUAAAAUCUAUUGAGAACUCACUAUAUGAUUAGGUAGUCACUUCAUUUCUCUGGGCUUAAGCUUUCUUAACCAUAAGACAACAAAGUCACAAAAAACACUUCCAAUUUUACAAUUAUACUAUCAAUCAUCAGCU